CAGCCAUCCUGUCCUCUUUGCUGGGUUGACCUCGUUGCCUGCUGCGUCCUGUGUGCUUCCUCCGCAGUACAACAUGCCAAGGCAAAGGAGCCUAUGGACUGAUGGGGAGGUCCAGUGCCUUUUUCACUUAUUAGAGAUGAACGAAGGCCUGGACAUUAUAAUGAGGUCUACAUCACACCCCAACAGGGCAAUCUAUGGGAAGAUUGCUAGAAGGAUGAGGAGGCAUGGGUUCCAGAAAACCACGGAACAGGUCGCUUCAAAGGUCAAGGUAAUGAGGACCGCUUUUUACCGCGCCAUGGGCCAACAUGGAGAGGACCCGGAAGCACAGCAGAAGCCAGCUUACUUUGAAAAAAUGUGGUAUCUUUGGAUGCUGGCAGGUGGUCCGUCGCUGGACAUCUUUGAUGUUGCGGCACGUCGUGGGAGACAUGCCAGGAGGUCCGUCCAAAUUCCACCACGCCGUUCGGAUGAGCAGGACAGUGCUAGUUCACCUCAUUCUCCUGAAAGUGAUGUUGAAGAAGCCCCUGAUACCCCGCCUCUGUGCCCAGAGGCCCCGCUUCAGGCCCCUCAGGCCAAAGCUCCAUCACCUGAAGCCCCAGCUGCCAGGACGCCCAUCCCAAGUCCAUCACGCCGUCCGGAUGAGGAGGACAACACUAGUCCACUUCAUUCUCCCAAAG